CCUAAAUCUUCCUUCCCCUUUUUAAAACUACAUUUUAUCCCUUGGCUUGUGGGCCAACGUGCCCCCUAAUGAGUAUUAAAACACUAUCUCCUUGCAAUUAGCUCAUUCCUGACUUCGCGCUCCUGAUUGACAGAACAAGCCAAAGCAUCAGAAUUCUCCCUUUGGCAAUAAGUGCUGAUUGGGUCCUUUUUAAGAGAGCUACUUCAAACUUUUUUUUUUUUUUUUUUUUUUAAUAUUUGCCUUCAGUGUCUUGGCUGAGAGAAGAGUUUUUUACCUCUCUGAGAUUUUUUUUUUCCUUGAGAGUAGUAGAGGAAGCAAGAGAGGAUUUACCUGGUCGGGUUGAGUUCACUUCAUUUGACUUUUUUUUUUAAAUUAUUGUUAUUAUUAUUAUUAAAAUAAUCAUCCUGCCUCAGAAGAAAGGAAGGUUUUUGGCAACUCUGGUUAAAAAAAAAAAAAAAAAGAAAGACAACUUUUCAUCAAUGGCCUCUUUUGGAUAUUUCCUGUUUCUUUGUGGGUUGAGUCAGGCUCUGUCAAGUUACCCAAUCUGGUGGUCCUUGGCAAUUGGUCACCAGUAUUCCUCCCUGGGGACUCAGCCCAUCCUAUGCGGGAGCAUCCCAGGACUGGUACCCAAGCAGCUACGCUUCUGUCGGAACUAUGUGGAGAUCAUGCCCAGCGUAGCAGAAGGGGUAAAGAUUGGGAUCCAGGAAUGCCAACACCAAUUUCGAGGGAGGAGGUGGAACUGCACGACUGUCAAUGACAGCUUAGCCAUCUUUGGACCUGUGCUAGAUAAAGCUACCAGGGAAUCAGCCUUUGUCCAUGCCAUUGCCUCUGCUGGAGUGGCUUUCGCGGUGACCAGAUCCUGCGCCGAAGGCUCGGCCACCAUCUGCGGCUGUGACACCCGCCACAAGGGCUCUCCUGGGGAAGGCUGGAAAUGGGGGGGCUGCAGCGAGGACGUGGAGUUUGGAAGCAUGGUGUCUCGGGAGUUUGCGGAUGCCCGAGAGAACAGACCAGACGCUCGGUCAGCCAUGAACAGGCACAACAACGAAGCUGGAAGGACUUCUAUUAUUGAACUCAUGCAUCUAAAGUGCAAAUGUCACGGCCUCUCAGGCAGCUGCGAGGUGAAGACCUGCUGGUGGUCUCAGCCAGACUUCAGGGUCAUCGGUGACUACCUCAAGGACAAGUACGAUAGCGCUUCUGAAAUGGUGGUGGAAAAACAUCGAGAAUCCCGUGGCUGGGUCGAGACCCUCAGGCCCAAAUACAACUUCUUCAAGGCUCCAACUGAGAAGGACCUGGUUUACUAUGAGAACUCACCAAACUUUUGUGAGCCCAACCCUGAGACAGGUUCCUUUGGGACCCGUGACAGGAUCUGUAAUGUCACUUCCCAUGGGAUUGAUGGUUGCGACCUUUUGUGCUGCGGCCGCGGGCACAAUACAAGGACUGAGAAACGGAAAGAGAAGUGCCACUGUAUCUUCCACUGGUGCUGCUACGUCCGCUGUCAGGAGUGCAUACGAGUCUACGAUGUCCACACGUGCAAAUAA